AUGUUGUAUUCCGUUGGAUUUGUACCCGAAGUCCUCUUUGUGCGCUCUUUUUUUUAAUGUGUCUCCAAGCUGACGGAGAAUCUCGCUGGUAGGGCACAUGAAAGUCUCCUCCUUCUUUGCUCCAUUCUCUUCCGUUUCCCCUCCCUUGCCUCCAUCCACCCAUUCGUCCAUCUCUACUCUCCACUCAAGUAUCCCGAUUUUCGCAUCGCCUCCUCCGGCAUAAUGACCAACGAUUCCCCCGAGGACGAGAGCCGAGGAAGGAGGGCGACUCGGCCUAGCCGAGCAGACGACAAUGUCACCAUUCUGACAUCAUCCAUGGAUGUUUACAGAAGCCGGAGCCGAGCCAGUAGCAGCAACGACGCUGGCGCCAGCUUCACGUCCUCCGCGGACCUGAGCACCUCCUCUCUGGAACUGAGCAUUCAGACGCGGAUCUUCAAGAUAAUCGUUAUCGGGGACUCCAACGUGGGCAAGACGUGUCUCACCUUCCGCUUCACUGGCGGUAGCUUUCCGGACAACACCGAGGCCACCAUCGGCGUGGACUUCAGGGAGAAAGCGGUGGAAAUUGAAGGAGAAACGAUCAAGGUGCAGGUAUGGGACACAGCUGGCCAGGAGCGAUUUCGUAAAUCCAUGGUGGAACACUACUACCGUAAUGUCCACGCAGUAGUCUUUGUUUAUGAUGUCACCAAAAUGGCUUCCUUCCGCAAUCUGCAAACAUGGAUAGAGGAAUGCAACGGUCAUCGAGUUUCAGCAUCAGUACCUCGAGUACUAGUGGGGAACAAGUGUGACUUAGUGGACCAAGUACAGGUGCCGUCCAACAUGGCGCUGAAGUACGCAGACUCCCACAACAUGCUGCUGUUCGAAACAUCUGCAAAGGACCCGCGAGAGAGUCAGAAUGUGGACUCGAUCUUCAUGUCACUGGCCUGCCGACUGAAAGCCCAAAAAUCCCUUCUCUACAGGGACGUGGAACGGGAGGACGGGAGAGUGCGACUCACACAGGAGACUGAGACAAAGAGUAAUUGUCUUUGUUGAGGAAUAAACGCAAUCGGUCGGAGUAAUCGAAGAGAAUAUGCUGCAUCAGAAUAACGGUGUAUGGCAUGGAGGUGGAGUAGAGUGAGGAUGGGGGUGUAAAACAAGAGUCUUAAUGUAUUUUUACCAGUUCAGGAGCAAGAUGAUGCUUCUGACUGACAAUGAAAGCAACAUGUCCUACGGAACAGGAAGAGAGGCCCUGGACUUCAGCACAAGGACAGAAGAAAAAUGUGCUCAUGAUGUAUCGAAGGAAAGAUCAACAUUGAGGUUACACAGUGAUUAUGAGUUCUGAAAUGAGUCUGCGUUCUUUCACUUUUGAUGAACCGUAUAAGGUAUUUGAUAAGGUGGCCCUCCACUCGACAAAGGUGCCUCGAUGUGAAGCCAAUAGUGGAGUUAAAAGAAAAAGUAUUUGUCGGAGGAAAGAAUUGGGGAUGGGCAGGUGGGGAGAAUGUGCUUAUGUCUGCUGACAAAAGCGCACUGUACUGGAGAAAGAAGAAAACAAGUUUGAGGCUCUAACAUAUAGAACAAUACAAUACCACAUAGAAUAUACAGUCCAUUUAUAAAGUAUUGUCGUGCAAAUAAUUUCAUCAAGCAUCAUUAUUUGUUUGUGAACUCAUUCAAAUAUAGAAUAUUAUUAAUUAAAAGCAUUUUUACAAAUAAAGGCCUCCCCCCAAAUCACAGCCUUAUCAUUAAUAGACUUUCAUCUGCGAAGUUGAGAAAUUAAACCCCUGGCUACUAUACGACUGAGUAGGGUGCAUUCUUUUUCCCCCG